ACGAUUAAAUUAAGAGCCUAUAUGUCAGGGCCCAACAUGGACUCUUUAUCAAUUCAUUGUUCGUGGAUGGUUUUGUUAAUUGUUCUGAGUGUUGGACUACCAUUCGUGGACGCUGAUGCUGUAGCAUGGAAUUACAACAGGAGCAGUUUAGGAGGGCCGGACAAGUGGUCAGUAGAAUAUCCCGACUGUGGGGGAGUAAUGCAGUCCCCUAUCAGCAUCUCUACCGAGGACGCCCUCUACGAUCCCAAGUUAUCUUACUUCAAUUUAACAAACUACAACAUGACAAAAGGAGUAAACAUGACCCUGGUGAACAAGGGAGGCCACACAGCGGAGGUUCUCUACUCCGGAAGUGACGUCCUAUUGAGCGGUGGUAAUUUACCAGAUACCUACAAGCUUGUGCAGUUUCACUUUCAUUGGGGCGGGAAAGACUCGAAUGGUUCUGAGCAUCUUAUCGAUGGAAAAUACUUUCCGAUGGAGCUUCACCUGGUGCACUAUAGAUCACAUCUACCAAACAUCAGUGUGGCUCAGAGCCAUCCUUUCGGUCUUGCUGUCCUAGGAUUUCUAUUUGAGCGCUCAGAGAAAAACAAUACCAAGUUUGACCAGCUGCUCCAACAUUUUGAUCGAAUUGAAACAGUCGAGCCGAAUAAAGAUAACUCAACUGAAAUCAAGACAUUCCCUCUGCUGGACCUGCUACCUGGUAAUACAGACAGAUUGGAUUUUUACCGUUAUGACGGUAGCUUGACCACACCUCCAUGUUACGAGUCGGUCAUCUGGUCACUGGCCACUGAAUAUAUACAAAUAUCUGAAUAUCAGCUGAACAUCUUCAGAAAUCUGUACAACGAGGAACACCAGCACCUGGUGGAUGACUUCAGACCUGUCCAGGAGCUUCACAAGAGGACAGUGACCACCACCAAAUCCAAACCAACGCAAGCCCCUCUGACCACUGGAAACUCCAAUAACAGCGCCACCUGGAUCCAAGGCUACCUCGUGAACGUAUGCAUCUGUCUGAUGACUGUUUUGUAUAAGUUUGUAUAAACUAAAAUCUUAAUGAUGUACGAAUGAGACGAAUGAAGAGUGGAGAUUUAUAUAAAUGGCGGAUGAACUAUAAAUCGCAAGCUUUUUGGCGUAUCCGGUAUUCAAAAUAAUAUGUUGAUUAGCUAUAUUUUAAAAAAUUAAAUUAGUCAUAUUUUAGCACUGUGAAGUAUUGGUCUUUUAACUUUUCUCUUUUUAUUUAGUUGACGAACUUGAAGUUUAAUUUAGUGUCCUUGACAUUUGUAUAUUGUCAAAUAUUCAGAUGAAGACAUUACAUUUUCACCAUAGACAUACAUUUCUAUGUUUACGAUUUUCAUUUAAACAGUCGCAUUUUUUUUUAUUUCUUGUAUGUCCUGCGUUCAUCUUUAACAGAAACUUUUAAUAAUUUUAUAAAUCAACUCCACUUUUUAAUUUAAAACAAAACAACUUUGAUUUCAAAUUUCUAUUUUAGACAACAAACUUAUCUCACGCAUACUAUAGAUUACAUUGUCUGUCUUAUUUUGGAAGUCUGAGGUCUAAAAUAUAAAUGUGGCUUAUUUUAGAAUAACAGCAUGUAAAUAAAAUAACAAAGAAAAUAUUACAAUGUUGUCACUUAUUCGAUCAGAGAGACCAGCGUUUGAUCAGGUUUACAGUAAGGAUUUUUGUGUAGUCUAACAGUGCUAAGUUAUUAUUGAUGUUUGGUUCAAUCCAAAACUAAGACCAUGAAACAAAACAAUAUUUGGUUAAAGAAGUUAAAAAGUGAAAUAAAAAGUUAUUAAUAAUUUCACACGUAGCAGAAACUCUAAGAGAAAGUUUAAAAAAAAGAAGUCACAACUUUAUAUCAUGUUCUUGUUAUAUGAGGGCUACAACAAAUGUUAUAUACAACUGAGAUAUCGUGGACAAAAAAAAACAUGCUGGUAACAUUGAAUAUAGACAUGUGAAUAUAGACAUGUGAAUAUAGACAUGUGAAUAUAGACAUGUGAAUGUAGUCUUUAUUUAGUUCGUUAUCUGUAACUAAGAUCAUUUCAUUUAUUUUUUUCAUCUGAUGUGUUCAACUUUUUUUUUUUUUUUAUUUCGUUGACAUAAUGCAAGGGGGGGGGGGGUUGAACCUGGUUGCAUACAGGUUGCAUAGAUCUGGAGGUCUGUGAAGAAGCUUUAAUCGUUAGACUUACUCGUUCUAAUAUACCACCACAAAGAUGAACUUUAGGUAGGACUGUACGACUGGCCAGCGCAGGUCUUGACCAGGUGUGAUCUCUAUUUGUCUGAUAACCCAAUCUCUAUUGACAGCAUAUUUGUUUAUACUUGGUUAACCUGAAUUUGUUUUACCAGUGUUUAACUAGUUGUAUGUCUUCAUUUCACAUUACAUCCAUUACUUUUCUAUACAAUUAUUCUGGCAGUUGAUCAUUAUAUUCGCACCUUUAAAAAUAUGUACAAAAUAACUCAUCCAAUUAGCCACGCGUUUCUCACGGAGUUUGCCUACGCUGUAGACAGAAGCGUAGCUAGGAAUUUGCCAUCAUUUGGGGGCCCCUGCAUUUUGCGCAAUAUUUAAUA